GUGUUCCCGUUUAUAAAGUUACGGACCCGGAAGUGGAUGGCGGAAGAGGAGAGCCACCUCACGCUCUGAGCUUAGGUUAUUUCAGCCUAGAGGUGUUUACGUUUGUUGUUUCUGAAUGGGGUUAAUUAGUAAUGAUGGCUUAUAUUGACUUAGAUUUGAGGCAAUGACGUUGUCGCAAAAAGUUAAAGUGAAUGGGCUGGUAGCCGUCAUUCAAGCUAUGUGAUGUGGAUCAAGCUCUGUCCUUAAUAAACCCUAUCUUACACUCACAUCCUCUGAUGCUGCAUUCACAGACAUAUGGCACUGCUGUUCAGCUAACCAAAGGAAAGAGGAGUAGGCAUCAUGUUUCUUAAAACAUCGUUCACCACCCUGAUAGUUGGGGUGUUUGUAGUGUACGUUCUCCACACCUGCUGGGUGAUGUACGGUAUUGUGUACACCAAACCGUGCGAUGGUUCCAAAAGUGACAACUGCAUCACACCAUUCCUGGCAGGAAACCCAAAACUACAGUUAAGUGUCUACACUGCACUAAAGCCUAAUGGAGAGGGAGGACAAACCUUGAUUCACAAAGAGGAGCAGUUUGAUGUCAACAUCAAGUUUGAAAGGUUGAUCAAUGUCUCCCUUCCAAAGAAGACACGUAACAACGGAACUUUGUACGCACUAGUAUUUGUCCAUCAAGCUGGCGUAUCUCCUUGGCAAGAUCCACAACAGGUCCACUCAGUGGUUCAGCUCACCACCUAUAUGGUCCCUAAACCUCCGGAGAUCUCCCUGAUAUCUGGGGAGGAUCAAACAUUGGGUCAGAAAGAAAAUGUUAUGAAGAAUAAGCGCGGUGAUAGUAACCCGACAGCAGGGGGCAGGGCUGCAACUGGAGAAGCGCCCACUUCAGAUCACCCAGUUUCUCACUGGCGCUCCAGACUGACAUUGAACAUUGUCAGUGACCACUUCCUGUUUGACAGAGAAUACCUGCCAAGUGAUGUCCACAGAUACCUCAGAGUAUUCCAAAAUGGUAAAAAAAUGGUGUAUCUACCUCUGCUGUUUGUUGAUGAGCUCAGCAACCGGGUCAAAGACCUUGUGGAGAUCAACAGUACAACCACGGAACGUUCUCUCACCAUCACCUACGACGCCAUCUCUCUGGGGAGGCUACGGUUCUGGAUCCACAUGCAGGAUGCCGUUUUCUCCCUACAGCAGUUUGGUUUCACAGAGAAGGAUGCUGAUGAGAUCAAAGGGAUCUUCGUGGAUACCAACCUCUACUUCUUGGCACUGACCUUCUUUGUAGCUGCCUUCCAUCUUCUCUUUGACUUCCUGGCUUUCAAGAACGACAUCAGCUUCUGGAAGCAGAAGACAAGCAUGGUGGGAAUGUCAAGCAAAGCAGUAUUGUGGAGAUGUUUCAGCACCAUUGUGAUUUUCCUGUAUUUGUUUGACGAGCUCACCAGCCUGUUGGUCCUCAUACCUGCUGGAAUCGGCACCAUCAUUGAAGUAUGGAAGGUGAAGAAGGCCUUUAAAAUUCAAGUUUUCUGGAAAGGAGGAAAACCAUCAAUCCUGUUUGGGAAAUUAGAUGAAUCAGAAAAGAGAACAGAGGAGUAUGACACUCUGGCCAUGAAGUAUCUGUCUUACCUCCUGUACCCACUCUGUAUAGGAGGGGCUGUGUAUGCUCUAAUAUUUCUACGAUACAAAAGCUGGUACUCCUGGUUGAUCAACAGUUUAGUAAACGGAGUGUACGCCUUUGGCUUCCUCUUCAUGCUUCCUCAACUCUUUGUCAACUAUAAGCUGAAAUCCGUGGCCCACCUGCCCUGGAAGGCCUUCAUGUACAAGGCCUUCAAUACCUUCAUUGAUGACGUGUUUGCCUUCAUCAUCACCAUGCCAACAUCUCACAGACUGGCAUGUUUCAGAGAUGAUGUGGUGUUUCUCAUUUACCUUUACCAGAGAUGGCUCUACCCAGUUGACAAAACAAGGGUAAAUGAAUAUGGUGUUUCUUAUGAUGAGGAGCCUAAAGGGAAAUCUCACAGGGACUAAAAAGGGAAGACAGAUGUUUUUAUUUUGUUUUUUCAUCUGGUGCCUGCCAUUUCCACUGGUCCACUGGUCUCCAUUAAUCCAAAAUGAACCAACUUGGUUUAAUGAUUUAAGUACAUAAACACACUUGGGUGGUACAAGGCAGGAUAAAAAAUGCCCUCAGCUUUUCUGUAUUUUUUAUUUUUGUAUUUUUGUUUUGUUUUGCAACAAAUGAGGAAAAGAAGUAUCAUUAAGCUCUGUGUGUAACUCAUCGCUGUUCAAGAAACAUCAAAGCUGUGUUUUGGCCAUAAAAUCCAUACCGGUCACAGCGCUUUUCAUUUUUCUUGCUUUUCUGGUUGAGUUUUUUUGUUACAUUCAAAGCAGCAGAAAAGAGACCCAGUGUACAGUCAAUGUUAAACCAUCACAAUUUUGUUGCUAAACGAUGAAGGGAAUAAUACAAUUUUUCAAAUCUUUCUUUCACGGUUUUACCUCAGGCAAAUAUGUUUUUUUGUUUGACAUCUAAUGCUCAAGUUGUCUUGUCCAGUCGAUCAGUGAAGCAUAAUUUAUCAAGUCAUUGUAAAGCUGCUGUCAAGAUUACUAAAACUAUAUCUGUAAUUUAAAAUGUGUUUGCACAUGCAUAGAUAUAUCCAAAAUUAACACUGGGUGAUAAGAAGUUUAAUGUUUUAGGUUUAAUGUGUCUCUGAUCAUAAUGUCAUCGUAACAAUUGUCAAGCAAUUGAAGGCAACUUGGGUUUUUUUUUUAUUAUUAGCUUAUUGAAAAGUAGAUGUGUUUUUUCAAAAUCUAAGAUGUGAAAAAUGUUUAACUCUUUGCCCUUAAUAGUCACCCAAACAAAACAAAUUACACCUUGACAUAACUGUCUUUAACUCCAUUUUCAGAAUCAAAUACCUUGUUUCUAGACACUCAGUGGUUAAAUAAAAAAAGGUUUUGACGACUAAUACCAGGAUAAAAAGAAAAUACAUUCAAAAAAGCAAUUUUCUAACUUAAAUCAGUAAUUUGAAAAAUGCUUAUAUAAAUAGCAGUAAGAGAAAUGAAAGCUGCGACACUGAUGUGUUGUUUGAAAAAGGAACAAAUAUGACACAUGAGUAAAAUAGCAUACAUGUAAUUUGAAUGUUGUUAUUUUUUGUGAACGUUAUGUAACAAUGUGACCAAAUUACCCAAACAUUCCAGAAUCUUUAAACUGUUGAAUUAUCUUUCUACUGUAUCCACAUGCUCUAUGGUACUGAUUUUAAAUACUGUAGAAUCCUUUUCUACCCAUUCUGGUUUGGUCAUUCUACCUGCUCAAGUAUUUUUUUAUUCAUCAGAGCCAAGGAAAUCUGUUGGUGCCAAAUUUCAGAAUGUUCUGUUAAGUUGUUGCUUUGUUUGUUCAGCGGUGGUUGAGGCUUGUGGAAAGUAUUACAACAUUAUGUUUUAUACAGUCACAUUUUCAUUUAACUCCCAUUGAAUCAUACUGUACCACAACUGUGCCAUGGUAAUACAGCACAGAUGAAUCCCCUCAUGAAUUAUACUGUACCACAACUGUGCCAUGGUACAGCACAGAUGAAUCCCCUCAUGAAUGCAGUUGGGAGAACUAAUUUAGAAAAUUUGCCUCUAAAAUGAAUUUGCUUAAAGUAAUGUUUUUGUUUCAUAAUUAAGAAAAAAUAAAGUUGCAGUAGAAGUU